UGAUUGGUAUUCAACAUUACAAAAAUCAAAUGUAAAACUUAUAACAAAUCGUAUUAAACAAAUUAAAUCACAUUCAAUUAUUACUUAUGAUGGAGAUGAAUAUCCAGUUGAUAUUAUUAUUUGGUCAACGGGAUUUCAAACACAAAAAUUUGCAUUACCUAUUUAUGGAAUUAAUGGUUGUUCAUUAGCUGAACAAUGGUCUGAAACUGUACAGGUAAAUUUAUUUCAUAUAUAUAUAUAUGUGAGUGUAUUGCAAUUUUUUGGUACGAUUUCUUUUCAAUGUUAUUCUUUAGCUCAUAUGCUUGCUGGGUAAUGAGCCGUGUAUUGUGAAAAAAUUGUAGUUUAUAGAUAAAUGUGUUUAGAAAACGAAAUUUUAUAAAAAUCAAAAGCAAGGAAAAAAAAGAUAAUAAAUAAUUCAUUCUGUAAAGAUUGAAAUGUUCUGUCGAAUUAUGUCUUUCUCUAUUUCCAUGCCCAUUCAUCCUAAUUAUUGUAUGACAAACGUUUGAUCAUUUUCGUGUAGAGUGAUCUUGUGUUUCAAUUUUCUCAAUCUUUCUACAAGUUGAAGAAAAGUGAAUGUAACUUUUUUAAGUGAAAGAUUCUUUUUCGGAAAACAAUUUGAUAAGAAAAAAUCUUCUUAUGAACGACUCUCCUUUUCAGUAAGGAAAGGAAAACGAUCUUUUUCUAAACAUUCAAAUUUCAUUCACUUUUAUUGCGAAUAACUUCUGCACAACUCAUCCCUUUUCGAUCGAAUUUCUACUGUAGAUCUAUUUUUUAGAGUUGUUUACCUGUCUACAUCUUAUCACUCUCGAGAAAUUCGCAAUAUGGUAAGGCUUCUAAAAAUCGAGAUACAGUAGUUUUCAGAUCCCCGAAAGACUAAUUUUUAACAAUGUCAUUUUGAAGAGCACAAAAUGAGGUGUCAUCGUGUUUUCUACGAUAUUCCUUUAAAAAGUUAAAAGUACCACAAAAACUGUAAAAAAAAUACGUUGUUGGUGAACUUUUUCUAUCACUUUACAUUCAAAGACCGUAUAUUAAUAACAUCUCAUUGUAAUAUCUGAACUAAACCAUUGAAAACAGAAGAUGAUAUUGCAUCGAAUCAUAUAUUAUAGGCUCUCCUAAGAUGUUUUCUGAUGUUUUUUAUAAUUAAAUUUUUUAAAGAAAAAUGUCGGAAAAAUGGUUUCUUUUAACAUAAGAGAAAAAAGCAAAAAUGUGAUUUUUUUCACAGCAGUUGAUUGAAAAAUCGGUCGAGAAUUUCGAUUAGAAUGUCUAUGGCUCUUGAAUAAUCAAAUCUAAAAAUCUGAGACUUAUGUAGUUUAUUUCAAAAAAAAGUCGAUUGAAAACCUGAAAAAAACUUGUAAUAUAUGAUUUCAUGCGUCUUCAUCUCCUCUUUCUAAAAAUGAAAAUCACAGCUCUCUAUCUUGUUUGUAUCAGAAAUUAUUAAAAAAUUCUCAUCCGGCUUUCUUUUGUGAAAUAGAUAUUACUUCCUUAUGAGAUACAUUUCUGGAGGAUUAACACAAAAGGAUAAUGAAGAAAUGUAUCUCAAGAUAGAUAGAAUAAAAUAAUCUCUCUGUGAUUAAUGACAUCGUGUUUUUUGUAUUUUAAUCUCACAGGAAUUGUGAUAAUAAGUUUUUUGAAAAGAAUAUAGACUAACCUUUUUUAUGUAAUAGAUUAGCUAAAACUGAGCUAAAAUAGUUAAUUUUAUCACAUAGAGUUUAAGUGGACUACCGCAGCUUGUAGAAUGACAUUUUUCAUAUGAUAUUUCAAGUAAUAGUGAAUCAACAUGGAUUGUAUCUUGUAUCAUUGACUUCGUUUGAUUUCAGAAAAUUAUUCUAUUUUUAUUUCAAAUGUCGAUUAUGGAUUAAAAAGUAGUUUCACAUGUAGCAAUUUUUCCAUUUUUGAUAUCAUGUUUACACUGAAAUAGGAAAAGUGUUAGUAAACUUUUGCUGUGUAAUAUAGGCAUAGAAUAUAAUAAAAAAAUAUUACUGAGAACAUAUUUAAGUCUACUUUUAGUUUUCGAGUCGAUCAUAUCAAAAUGUUGCAAUAUACUACUAUAUGCAUAUACAUACAGUGGCUCCAAAAAUUAUUCAUACAGGUGUAAUUUCGACUUUUUUCCGGAAUGGUAGCUCGCAUUAAGAAUCCAAAUAGUGAUUUGGAUAGAGAAAAUUGUUUCCAACAAAGAUCCCAGAAAGAUGAAAUUCUUAUAUUAUUCCCUAAAACCAGGAUCUCUAGAAAACCAAAACC